AUGUCGCAUAAUAUGGACGCCGCAAUUGCUCAUAAGAAACUUCACCCUAAGCAGUCUUACACCAAAGUUGCAGAGAAGUUCAAUGUCCCAUCGUCUACUCUCUAUGAUCGAGUCACCAAUACUCAUGCUCCUCGUGGUAUUAACACUCAACGUAACCUAUCUGUCAUCCAAGAGACUGCUCUACUCGAUAAAAUCAACUCGUAUGCUGCAAGAGGGACCCUUCUUACCCCCCGACACAUCAAACAACUUGCCCAAAUCCUUUGUGGUCAUUCUGUCGGAAUCAAUUGGACAAGUACCUUCCUCAGACGACAUCGAGACAAAGUUUCUUCAAAGUAUUAUCGUAUUCAAGAGCUCUCACGUCUCAAAGCAGAUAUUCCAGAGAAUCGGCAGGCUUUCUAUGCCCUGGUGAAGGAAGUUCUGGAUACUGGGAUGUACGCUUCCCACGACAUCUACAAUGAUGAUGAAACCGGUUUUGAAUUGACUGCAAAGCACCGACAGCGCCGAGUAGCUCCUGUGGAUAUCCCCUCAACCAAAGCUCAUGCAGCUCUCGCUUCCUCUGUCCACAUCACAGUCAUAGCAUCCAUCUCAACUUGUGACGCACCUAUCCCUCCGUAUAUCAUUUAUCCUGGCAAAAACCUCAUCGAAAACUGGUGGAAGAUUCAAGAUCCAGCGCCAAAGCAAAUAGCAACCGUCACAGAUUCAGGAUUCAGCAAUAGUUUCACUUUCAAGCAAUGGCUCACGGACUGUUUUGAACCUGCAACAGGUCCCCGAGCCAAUGGACAUCGUCGUCUCCUCUUCCUGGAUGGACAUGAUACACACUAUCAAGUUGACUUUCUCGAAGCCUGCUGGUCUCACAACAUCGUCUGCAUCAUUCUCCCAGCCAAUCUUACAUCAGUUUUUCAACCGCUUGAUGUCAAUUUCUUCGUUCGUCUCAAACAAGAAUAUGAGAACCAAAUUAGUGACUAUCAACUUGGAACUGAUGCGGCUAGUAUUCCAAAAGACUUGUUCUACUGCUGGCAUCAACGAGCAUGGAAAGCAUCAACAACAUCACGUCAGAUCCGAAGCGCAUGGGCAAGAACCGGGCUAUUUCCUCUUAGUCAAGCGAUCAUGGGUGCUAGACCAGUCACACCGGAACAACAGAUCGCACCAAUAGAGCUUCGAACUCCCCAAAGUAUCAGAAGUAUCAAGGCUAUAGAGCGUGCAGUCCGACGUCAUGAAAUCAGUCCAACAACGGCUUUGUUAAAGGUGGGGAAAACGUGUGAGAAGACAAUAGCAGAGAAGACUUUGCAGGAGGAUGUGAAUAAGCGGCAGGCAGCAGAGAAGUUGGAGAAAGCGGCCAGGGGUGGAAAACGUCAGAGAUUUACCCAAGGACAGGUUUAUGAUCAGAAAUAUCAGGAAGAACAUGCUGAGGAGCUGGCGGAAAGAAAGGAACAGGAGAUGGAGAGAAGGGAGAAGCGGAAGCAAGCUGCCAAUGCGAAAGGCAAGAGACAAGGCCACGAUGAUGACCAGAGCUGUGUGGCAGGUCCAUCUUAUAGUGCAUCAAAUAGCUAG